GAUAUUUAUAAAAAAAAAAUAUCAUCUUCCAAACUUCCAUAGUAUUAUUUAAACCCCACCAUCAUCAUCCCUUCAUUUGCACUCCAAAUUAAAACACCACAAGAGAGAGAAAGACAGAGAUCUAGAGAGAGAGAGAGAUCUAGAGAGAGAAUCGCUAAAACCCUAAUUAUAAUGGCGGUCAUCAAACACAUAACAAUUCUCUCACUAGUUGUCUUUCUACUACUAGCCCUACAUUUCCGAGGCGCAGUUUCGUCGUCGUUCGAAGACGAAGACGACGAGGAAUACGUACUCGACUCCGUAUUCACGAACACGACGAGUACUCUCUCGAGAAGAAGCAGAUUCCUCGCUUCCGCGGUGAUCAAGACAAUCAAGAAAGGCGCGAGCUGCGGUGCGUAUACGAAGAAGAAGGCGCAAGUCUGCAACGGCGUGUCGGCCAAUAAAGGGACCAGCCUCCUCUACUGCUGCAAGAAGCAUUGCCGGAAUGUGCUCGGGGACCAGAACAACUGCGGCGUGUGCGGCCGCAAGUGCGGCCUGGGGCAGCGGUGCUGCGGCGGGGUUUGCACCAAUGUGCUAAAGAACGCCGCCAACUGCGGCAAGUGCGGCAAAAAGUGCAAACAUGGGGUUAAGUGUGAGUAUGGUUACUGUGGGUAUGCGUGAGAACAACAAACAAACAUACAUACAUUACAGAAUUUACGAUUUGUUUUUAGAGAAUUUAUUUUAUAUUAAAAAAAUAAAAAAAAUUUAUUCAUGUCUGUAAAGUAAGAUUCGAGUUUUCUUCAGUCCAUCUCAGACAGUAUACUGUAGUUUGUAGUGAUUUAAUUUGUUGUUUACUGUGUUUUUGUUUUGUGUUCAAAUACAUGUGUACCUCACACGGGAGAUAUAUAUAUUUAAUACGUAAUAAAUUGUUCUUUUUUUUUU